UGUGGGCAGUGGGCAAGAGGGACUGUGAUAACGACAGAUGUCUCACAAACCGUGGGUUUAACAGGAGGACUGAAAAGAGAAAAAACGCCCAGUCGCAGAUCGGACCUCAGGGAGAGAGUACUGCCUCGAACUGAUUCACAUUACAGGAGAAAAGAAAGUGUAUUCAACGCACUCUUACUCACGGAUUAACACAGAAACAGAUAAAAAGAACAUCAUGGGAGGCAAGCUAAGCAAACGGAAAAAGGGAUACGAUGUCAAUGACCCUAAGGAGAAGAAAGAGGAGAGUGUUGGGGCAGCAGUUGAACCAGCUGAGAAAAAGGCAGGGACCCCUGUGACUGAGUCGGAAGCUGCACCUCAGGAGGCUGCUGCAGUAAGUGCAGCUCCACCAGUGGUAGAGUCUGAGGCACCAGCAGAGAAGUGUGCCUCUCAUUCAGCAGCACAACCAGAGGUGAAGAUGGAUGAUGCCGCACCAGAAAAACCAGUGGCUAAAACAGAGGCAUCUACAGCUGCACCCAAGGAACCAGAAAGUGCUCCAGAGAAACCAGCAGCUGUACCAGAGUCACAAGCAGCAGAGGUACCAGCAUCUGCAUCAGAGGCAACAGCAGUAGAGGCAACAGCUGCUACACAAGAAGAACCAGCAGCAGAGGUACCAGCAGCUGCAUCAGAGGCAACAGCAGUAGAGGCAACAGGUGCUACACAAGAUAAACCAGCAGCUGCACCAGAGGCAACAGCUGCUACACAUGAGGAACCAGUAGCAGAGUCAACAGCAGCUGCAUCAGAGGCAACAGCUGCUACACAAGAGGAACCAGCAGCAGAGGUACCAGCAGCAGAGGAACCAGCAGCAGAGGAACCAGCAGCAGAGGAACCAGCAGCAGAGGAACCAGCAGCAGAGGAACCAGCAGCAGAGGUACCAGCAGCAGAGGUACCAGCAGCUGCAUCCGAGGCAACAGCUGCUACACAAGAGGAACCAGCAGCAGAGGUACCAGAAGCUGCAUCAGAGGCAACAUCUGCUACACAAGAGGAACCAGCAGCUGCAUUAGAGAUACCAGCAGUGGCACCAGAGGUAUCAGCAGCCAAGGAACUUGCAGAUGCACCAGAAGCAUCAGCAGCCGAGGACCCUUCAGCUACACCUGAGGAACCAGUGACAAAAGAACCUGCAGCUGCACCAGUAGUAGAGGAAUGUGCAGCUGCACCUAAGGCACCAGUGACAGCGAACCCUGUGGCUGCAACAGAAAAACCAGCCGCUGCGCCAGAGAUACCUGUGACAGAGGAACUAGGAUCUGAGCCACCUGCAGCUGCACCUGAGGAACAUGCAACUGUCCCAGAGGCUGAGGAUUCUGCAGUUGCACUCAAGGAUCCUGCACCUGUGCUAGAAGAGCCUGUAUUGUCACCUAAACUUGAAGCUUUGCCAGUGGAACCUGUCACAGAGAAAGCAGUGGAGAAAGUGGUUGAGGAGGCUGAAAAUACCAGUGAAUUGUCCACCGAAAUUACAGACACCACUGAGGUUACACCAGAACCAGAGACUGUUACUGAGGCAGCAGCUCCAGAGCCAGUCGCCAUGUCUGCCCCAGUGUUUGAACCGGUCUCCAAGGAAUUGAGUUCAGAGGUUGAGAUGACUGUGCCUUCGCCAGAGGAACCCACACCAGUCACAGAGCCUGAAUCUGAAACUGCUCCACCCCCUGAGGUUACACUAACACAAGCAAGUCCUGAGCCAUCCCCAGAGGAGCCAACACAACCCGAGCCUAUGGCAGAACAAAAGAGUGCAGAUGAGUCCAUUCCUGCAAUCGUCAUCUUAGAAUCAACCUCAACCAAUGAGCUAUGCCUUGAGGAACCUGCCUCAACUGUCACAGAUCUGAAGCUGAAUAAUGGAGACUGUGAGAGUGCUGGGUCAGCAGAGGAAUCUGUGUUGACUCUCCCUGAGGUAAAUGGAGAAUGCCAUGAGCAAGCAUCAGACAUAGCCCCUACGGAGGUCUUUGAGUCCCCAGUUGAGGCAUGUAUAAAUGGUGUGAAGGACAAAGAACCCCCUCAAGAGCUAAGUGACUGUGAACUGAAAAAGGAGUUGAGUUUGGGUGCUGACUUUCAGGGUCCAGCUCCAAUUGGCGACAUGGUAGAAGUGCCACAGUGAGUCAGCUGAGCUGUCGACCUCAUUUGAGAAAACACCUUCAAAUGUGAAUUCCAUAUUGAUGCAAACAAAAAAGUGAAACAAUCGCCUGACAACACAGGCUUUUUG